ACAACUUCCGGAAUGACUGUUACCAGGGAGACAGCUGAAGCAUAGUGUCAACUUUGGGACGCUAACUUCGCAUCUUUACCUCCAGUUAAAUGUGACACUCUACAACGUUUUGUUUCGUCCUUCGUUUGUAGACGUUGAAACCGUUUCCUUCUCCCCGGAGACAACGACAUGUCUCAAAGGACAUACAAUAAGAUGUGGGCAGAUGCUCAUUUAGAGCUGAGUCGCCUGCUCACUGAGGAGCUGCCUGCUGAGCCCCUCCAUCCAGAAAAAGACCGGGUUGUGUUCUUCCAGCGUGUGGCCAUGUUUUAUGUGCGCUACAUCCAAAUCUUCAGACAGCUGGAGACAGUUUACGACCUGUUGGUCCACCCUCAGAAGAGACGAGUCAUUCGGGCGAUUCUCGAUGGUGUGAUUGGAAGAUUGUUAGAACUGAAGAAUGAAAUGGUGGAGAAAGAGUUUUCAGAAUACCACUACAUGGAUGAUGUGCUUCACGACUUAAAGCUCAGACCUGCAGACCUUGAGAUACCUAUCCCUUGCUAUUUCGUCACAGAAUGCAGCAGAGAACUCAAAGAACGAAAGACAAUGCUGACAGAAAUCCUUAAAAUGGUGCAAGUCAGUGAAAGGCCGCAGCCUCCAUUGUUGAAGAAAAUGAGUCCAGAAGUGGCAAUUAAGACCAUUCAAGUGGCAGAGAGGGCCCGUCAAGGACGCUUGAGGGCAAAGUUGAAUGAAGAGAGCAGAAAUAUGAACAGGAUGUACAGAACCAAGGAACCUGAACCAGCUGACAUUGAGUUGGCAGCACUCUGCAUUCAGAAGGUAUGGAGGGGCCACGUAGAGAGGAAAAAGACAAAGAUUGCUCGGGAUGAAGAAAUGAUUUUUCUGGGAAUGGCCAUGGAUCCAAGACACCAGGUGCCGUGUCCUGCAGAAAUCAAGGCCCAAGCAAGUGAAUCUUGCACACGCAUUAAACAACAGGAGCACGAGGAAGACUUCCAGAAGUCAAUUUUAGCUGUUAGAAAACAACUACGCGAUGUGGAGAGUCAUGACAUGAGUGAGAAAAUGAAAGACCAAAUCCGGGAGUGGUUCAUUGAAUGUCGUGAUGCUACCGGAUCAUUUCCAGACUAUCCUAAUGAUGAAGACGGAGGCUCAGCUCUCAUCUUUGCAGAGAAGAACCCUCAGCAGUUAAUGGAAGAAAUAGCUGAAAAAGAAAAAGAGGAUUCAAACAACAGACCAAAAGUGAAGGAGGAAAAGAGGGAAAAAGGGAAGAAGGAAAAGGGAAAAGCAGAAGAAGAAGAGGAGGCAGGGUUGAAGAUGUUACCUUCUGCUUUUCUGUCCGACUUGGAAGUGGAAAACAAAACCUUUGUUGAUUUUUGGCAAACCCGUGAUGAGUCCACAAAUUUCAACCAAAGGCACGAGGUGGAGCUGAUCAAGGAAGAAAAGAGGAAAGUCAUGGAGGCAGAGCUUCGAGUGCAGGUAGAUGAGCAGAUGAGACAAGAGCUUGCUGAAUGGAAGUUAGCUGUGGACAAAGAUAAGGGUGGUAAGACAAAGGCAAACGCUAAGAAAAAGAAAGGAUCUAAGAGUGGAAAGAGGAAGAAAAAGGAGAAAGAUCUGACAGCUGAUAGGACUCUUGAGUCUCUGUGUCAGGAGCUGGUGGAACAGGGCUUGUUGAAAAAGGCCAAUAAUGUUCAUCUGCAGGAUUAUUUGGGUGACUUUAGCUACCUUGGCACAACACUGAGGCAGUAUGACAUUGAGCCCAUGCCAUCAUUGUCAGAUGUCCGACAAGUCAUAUCUCUAUAUGCAAUUUUACCACUAGGCUCGCAGGUGGUUCAUGAGAAAGCUCCUCUCAUAAAGGCCAUCCUACUGACAGGGCCGACAGGUGUUGGUAAGAAGAUGUUGGUCCACGCGAUCUGUCACGAGACAGGCGCCACCCUGUUUGACCUGUCACCUCUGAAUACUGCAGGAAAAUACCCAGGCAAGAGUGGCCUGGCCAUGAUGCUUCACAUUGUCUUUAAGGUCGCAAGAUUGCUGCAGCCCUCUGUAAUAUUGAUUGAAGAUGCAGAGAAAAUGUUCUACAAGAAAGUUCCCAAAGAAGAAAAGGAGUUAGAUCCCAAGAGGUUGAAAAAAGAUCUGCCCAAGUUCCUGAAGCUGAUCAAAGGGGAAGAUCGUGUUCUGAUCAUUGGUACAACUCGAGAUCCUCAGAGUUCUGAUAUUAAGUCACUGUGUAAAAUGUACAGCAAAAUCAUCCUUAUCCCAAGACCUGAUUAUGGCUCAAGAUACAUUUUAUGGAAGCAACUGAUCAAAAAGCACAGCGGGGAGGUAACCAAGUCCUUGGAUCUCAGCUCUCUUGCCAAGAUUUCUGAUGGCUACACUCCAGGUCACAUGGUCCAGGUGAUCCAGAGUGUCGUCACCAAGCGUCGCGUCCUUCAGCAGCCAAACAAACCCCUGACUGCUGCUGAGUUUGUUGCUCCUUUAGCCAAGAUUGACCCCGUGUUUCAGGAAGAGGAAGAAGCCCUUAAAAACUGGUAUGCAAAAACACCUCUGGGAAAGAAAAGGAUUAAGGCUGCUACAGGAAGAGAAGAAGAAGAUGAAGCCCCGGUUAAAGGCAAAGAUAAAAAAAAGAAAGGGAAAAAAUAAGUCAGUCAUUACAUUUCAAUUUUGGC